AUGCGCCUCGCUCACUUGCACUUCCCCGGCAUCACCCCCUUCAACACGGUGUCGCAGAUCCAGCAAGUCCUCACACUGCGCAAUCUCGCCCACAAAAAAGCCAUAUCCUCUUCCUACACUUCAUCGACACCCCCCGACCCAACAAUAAUAACCUUCACGCCCAACCCUGUCUACACCACCGGCCGCCGCGACCUCCCGCCAUCCAACACCUCCUCGCCCUCAGACCAACAACCAUCCCUCGAACUCUCGCUGCCACCGCCCCUCGAACCCAUCCGCCCCCUCCUCAGCAGCAAUGAUCCUCAACGCAACCCCCCAAUCGCAGAAUACCACCCGACCCUUCGUGGUGGACAGACUACAUACCACGGGCCGGGCCAGCUCGUAGCAUACACCAUCCUCGACCUGCGACGUCUGGGGCUCUCGCCGCGAUGCCACAUUCGUCUGCUCGAAAACUCCGUUAUCGAUCUUCUAUCCAAGUAUGGAGUCCGCGGCUUCGUGACCUCUGAUGCGGGGGUAUGGGUCAAUGACAGAAAUGCAAACGCAAACGCGCAAAAGAUAACAGCCGUCGGCGUUCAUCUCCGCCGAAACAUUAGUUCCUACGGCAUCGGCCUCAACAUCACCGAAGAGCCCAUGUGGUUCUUUAAGCAGAUCGUGGCCUGCGGUCUAGAAGGGAAAGAAGCCACGAGUCUAGAAAGGCAGGGCGUAAAGCUGAGCUUGCGGGAAGCUGCAGAUGGGUUUGUGCAGGCCUUUGUGGACAGGCUACAAGCUGAUUUUCCACCGGGGCCGGAGAGGCGGAGGGAGGCGUUGGAAGGGGUGUAUGAGGUUGGGGUGGAGGAUGUUGUUGGUUCUUCUUCUUCUUCUUCUUCUUCUUCUUGA